CCGGUUUAACGGGUGGAAUGGAGUUAGGGCAGCUCCACGAACCGGCUAUAAAUAAUUGCAAGGUCGCGCUAAAAAGCGGCCAGGGCGUAAACGAAGAAACGAAGCCAAAGAAGAGGGCUCUUCUGUCGGGGAGCACACUAUCCGUGUUAUAAUUUCAAUUCAAUCCUCAGAUGGAUCGUUAUCAGAAGGUCGAGAAGCCUAGGGCAGAGACACCCAUUGAUGAGAAUGAGAUUCGGAUUACUAGCCAAGGAAGGAUGAGGAGCUAUAUCACAUAUGCUAUGAGUCUGCUACAGGAGAAAGGGUCCGAAGAGAUUGUGUUCAAGGCCAUGGGUAGAGCAAUCAAUAAAACUGUAACCAUGGUGGAGCUUAUCAAGAGGAGGAUUGUUGGUCUUCAUCAGCUUACAUCCAUUACAUCCACUGACAUCACAGAUACAUGGGAACCUCUGGAGGAAGGCCUCCUUCCAUUGGAAACCACAAGGCAUGUUUCAAUGAUAACAAUUGCUCUAUCCAAGAAGGAGCUGGAUAUGAAGGCUGUUGGGUAUCAGCCGCCUAUACCGGCAGAUCAGGUGAAGGUUUUUACAGAGAUUGAUUAUGAAGGAGAAGGAUCACCUCAUAAACGAGGAAGAGGACGAGGAGGUAGAGGAAGGGGACGGUCUAGGGCUCCUGGAUAUGGAAAUGGUUAUAUGGGAGGUGAUUAUGAAGAUGGUGGCUAUGAUAGAAGCCACAACUAUGGUAGAGGGAGAGGUAGAGGUAGAGGCCGUUAUUUCCGUGGUGGACGUGGAAGGGGUGGAGGUGGUUACAACAGUUCACAGUAUGAUGAUGCUCCACAUGAUGGUAUUUACAAUAAUGAUGUGCCUCCUAUCCGUGGGCGUGGAAGGGGUGGUUAUAACAACUCUCAUUAUGAUCCAGCCCAGCAGGCUGGUGGCUACAAUAAUGAAGUUCCUCUGGUACGUGGGCGUGUAAGGAGUGGUUACCACUCUCAAUAUGAUGCCCCACAGGAGGGUGGCUACAAUCAGGAGGCUCGUUCAUUAGGCCGUACACGUGGAAGGGGUGGUUACAACAGCCGUCGGUAUGAUCUUCAGCAAGAUGGUGGGGGCUACAAUCAAGUUGCUCAGGCCCGUGGACGUGGAAGGGGCGGCGGCAAUAACACUCAGUAUGAUGAUCAACAAGAGGAUGUCUACAAUCAUGAGGCUCCUACUCAAGGCCGAGGACGUGGUGGUCGUGCGAGGGCACCUCGCGGGCGAGGCUUUAGGUCGAGUAAUGGACUGGCAGACCAUCCUGCUGCUGCUGCAGGAGAAGACAUUGCUUAGCUGUGUUCUAAAAAAAUUGGAAACUACGCCCUUUUAUAAGAGUGUGCCUGCUCAAUAUCCUUCCUAUGUUAUUUCCUGUGUUUUCACCUGAUUUGUUCCCAGCAAGUAUUGAUCAACUUUAGGGUGCCAAAAUCCUAUAAAAUGCGUGUAGACUAAUUUUUAGAGAUUGUGUUUACACCAAUUUGUGGUGAGCCUUUUUGUAUUCCCCCUUUUCUUCCUGUUUACCAUAAUUUUAGUGGCAUGUAGGAGUUUGUUUAAAGUAUAAAGAUGGAUUAGUGAGCAGCAUUCUUUAAUUUAUUUGGCGGACAAAGUUGUUAUCCAUAUUGCAAAAUGCAAAGAUUCCAAGUAUGUGGGCCAUGUGGUUGAUGGAAUAAAACCAUUUGUAUCAUAUGUAGUUCUGAU